AUGGCUACCGCCGCUACAUCUCUUGCUGAUUUUCAUCAAAUGAUUAAAUUAUUUGGUACUGAUACAGAUGAAAUGACUAGUGGAACAACAGCAACGACAACAACAUCAUCAUCAACCGCAGCAGCAUUUGUAUCAACUGAUGAUCUUGAAGAUGACGAAGAAGAUGAUGAUGAUAAUGAUCAUGAAUUACAACUCGAUGAAGAAUCACCAAAUUCAAGUGGUGGUGAAGAAGAAAUAAUGUCACAUUCAUCCAUUGCAACAUCAUCAAUUCAAAUAAAUAAAGAUGAACAAUUAUCAACAAAACCUAUAUCAUCAGCAGCUGCUGCUGCACGUUUAUCACGUUUAGCAAAUCAACGUAUUGAUUCGAAUCGUUUUUUAAUAUGUUCAGGAACAAAUUCAUAUAAUACAAUACGUAAAACAAAACAUGAAGUAAGACGUUUUGCAUUAUAUUUAGAAGAUACAUUCGGUGAAACUUGUCCAAUUGAUGAAUUAAAAGCAGAACAAUUAUGCACUUAUUUAAAACAUUAUUUUGGUAAUGUACGUAAAGCUGAUAAUACGGAAUAUGAACCUGAUACAUUAAGAAGUUUUAUGUUAUCUAUUGAACGUUAUUUAAAAUCUCGAAAAUAUCCAUGUAAUAUACUUGAAUCACCUGUUUUUGCUCCAUGUCGAGAAGUUAUACAAGAAAAACGUGAUACUUGGGCAAAACCAAAUAAAAGUGUGUGCAAUUCUAAAGUCGAAGCAUUUACAUCUCAUCAUGAAACAUUAUUACGUAAAAUGAAUAUUAUAACACGUGAUACACCAGAUGGUUUAUUACUUGAAUUAUUAAUUAAUAAUUCAAAAUAUU